GUUGGGUCGCGGAGUCUGAGGCGCACGGAGAGGCGCAAUGGCCGCGUGGGCUGAGCGGCUGGCCGGCGUGCGCGGCGUGCUGCUUGACAUCUCGGGCGUGCUGUACGACAGCGGCGAGGGCGGCGGAACGCCGAUAGCCGGCUCCGUGGAGGCGGUGGCGAGACUGAAGCGGUCCCAGCUGAAGGUGAGGUUCUGCACCAACGAGUCACAGAAGUCCCGCGGAGAGCUCGUGCGGCUGCUGCGGCGGCUGGGGUUCGACAUCUCCGAGGACGAGGUGACCGCCCCGGCGCCGGCUGCCUGCCGGAUCCUGAAAGAGCGAGGCCUACGGCCACACCUGCUCAUCCACGAUGGAAUCCGCCCGGAAUUCGACCAGAUUGACACGUCCAACCCAAACUGUGUUGUGAUGGCAGACGCCGGUGACGACUUUUCGUACAGGAACAUGAACGAGGCCUUCCAGCUGCUCAUGGAGCUGGAGCGUCCCGUGCUCAUAUCCCUGGGAAAAGGGCGCUACUACAAGGAGACCUCUGGCCUGAUGCUGGACGUCGGUGCCUACAUGAAGGCACUUGAGUACGCCUGUGGCAUCGAAGCCGAAGUGGUGGGGAAGCCGUCUCCUGAGUUUUUCCAGUCUGCCUUGCAAGCCAUGGGGUUGGAAGCCCACCAGGCCGUCAUGAUCGGGGACGACAUCGUGGGUGACGUCGGCGGUGCCCAGCAGUGUGGGAUGCGAGCCCUGCAGGUGCGCACCGGGAAGUUCAGGCCCAGUGACGAGCACCACCCAGAAGUGCGAGCCGAUGGGUAUGUGGACAACCUGGCAGAGGCUGUGGACCUGCUGCUGCAGCACGCACGCGAGUGACACGCCCCUCCCCCCGGCCGCGCCCAAGACCCUCCUUCCUGCCCUCUGCCAUUCUGAGCCCCAGCCCCUGUGUGUUCCCUCCCGCAGUGGCGCUUGAGGGAGACCUGCUGGCUUCCCUCUGGGCUGGGCUGCAGGGUGCCUCUGGGAGCACCCCAAGUCCCCGACACCUGCACUUGCCGCGGGCGCCGCCUGAUGGGGUUCAGAGACCCUUUGCCCACUGCCUCUGUAUCAGCCCCCUGCAGCCCGGCCCCGCCCCCCUCACAGGCCAGGUCUGGGACCAGUGCUGGGGCUGCCUCCUUCCUGCGGGGACGCGUGCUGGCCUCUGUAGCUGGCAUGUGCAGGAGCAAACUAACAAUAAACAGCCUUGGACCACC